AUGGCUGUAGUCUGGGAUGAUAGAGUAAGGGCAUGUCCUCGGGUAGGGCAGAGUGUGAGGCGGUGGCCAGAGGGUGGGACAGGCGGUGGAAGAGAUAGACAUCUCAGAGGAUCUGUGGUAGAGGUUAGGCGGGUGAAUGAUAGAUUAAUGACUAUCAAGUUGGUGGUUGGUGAGUGUACGUUAAAUGUCGUUAGCGCGUACGUGCCGCAAGCUGGCUUGGAUAAGGAGAUUAAAAGGCACUUUUGGGAAGGGUUAGAUGAGAUCGUGCGUAGUAUUCCGCCUGUCGAAAGGUUAUUCAUAGGAGGAGAUUUCAAUGGUCAUAUUGCGUCAUCUGCAAGUGGUUAUACUGAGGUGCAUGGCGGCUUCGGUUUCGGGGAGCGGAACGGUGGGGGCACUUCACUAUUGUACUUCGCAAAGGAAUUCGAGCAGGUGAUUGCGAACUCAAGUUUUCCGAAGCGGGAGGAGCAUUUGGUUACUUUCAAAAGUUCGGUGGCGAGGACUCAGAUUAACUAUCUUCUCAUGUGA